GGUUUGGCUAAGCUAGCUCCAGUCUCCAGAUAGAAGAGAGCAUCCAUGGCGCAAUUGCUCUCAUUUCGCGUGUAUCUUUCUGCUGAAACGCAGAAAGCUUCUUCAGAGUCGUUGAAGCGAACCCGAAAGACAAGUAAACCAUUUUCUGCUGGUAGAAGAGGUCAGGUGGCUCAGCCGAGGAAACCCCAGAAUCUGAAUUUGGAAGUUUCUCCACAUAGAGCUGUAUCUGCAGUUAGAUUGAUGAGAAUUGAGUACGGAGGUGCGUUUGCUGAUCUUUUGAAUGAGAAAGGAAAAGGCUCUGGAAGCAAUGAGAUGAGUUACGUUGAAAGGACUAUCGGUUUUCGGACUCGCGAUUUGGAUGACCGGGAUCUUAGACUUGUUACGGACGUUGUUGGAGGAACAAUACGAUGGAGGAGGUAUCUUGAUCAUUUGAUUGGUUCUCUUUGCCACAACGAAAGAACAUUUCGAAAUAUGGAACCUCUUCUAUUGCAGAUUCUCCGCAUUGGUGUCUAUGAGAUUAUUAAGCUUGAUAUGCCGUCAUAUGCUGUUGUAGAUGAGAACGUAAGGCUUGCAAAGGUUGCCCUCAGACCUGGUGCUGGAGAUUUUGUCAAUGGGAUUCUUCGUAAGCUAGUCUCUCUUAAGGAAAAAGACGCCCUUCCGUUACCUAAAGUGGAAGGGGAUGAUCGUGCACAAGCACGUGCACUUGCUACCCUUCAUUCUCAUCCGGUUGUAAGUUCGUCUAGCUAUAGCCUCAUCUUUUCUUGCGGUUNUGCUCAUGUGCAGAACGUAAGGCUUGCAAAGGUUGCCCUCAGACCUGGUGCUGGAGAUUUUGUCAAUGGGAUUCUUCGUAAGCUAGUCUCACUUAAGGAAAAAGACGCCCUUCCGUUACCUAAAGUGGAAGGGGAUGAUCGUGCACAAGCACGUGCACUUGCUACCCUUCAUUCUCAUCCGGUUGUAAGUUCGUCUAGCUAUAGCCUCAUCUUUUCUUGCGGUUUUAAUUUGAUGGUGUGA